GCUCGGGGCCUCUGGCCCUUUGCCUCCACCCCGGGGGGCGGCGGCCCCGAAGCGGCAGGCGCCGAGCAGUCUUUGGUGCGGUCUCGAACCCGAGCGGUGCCCCCCUUCGUAUUCACGCGCCGCGGCUCCAUGUUCUAUGAUGAAGACGGGGAUCUGGCUCACGAGUUCUAUGAGGAGACAAUCGUCACCAAGAAUGGGCAGAAGCGAGCCAAGCUGAGG